AUGUUUGAAAAGAAGCUACGCAACUUGACUGUAGCGAAGUCUCUUGAGAAAAAGCCGCCUUUUGAUGAAAACUUUUGGGGACGGUAUGUCGAUAGCUUAUCAAAGAAUGUCAAAGAACAGUACGGUGAUCCCCUUCAACCUAACCCUAAAAAGUACCACAGCAAAUCGUUUGCUGUUACUAAACUUCAGAAAUACUUCGAGCAUUUAAAGCUCCCUAGGCCAUCUGCAAACGAAGCCAUAACAGCAUUAAAAUCGCCAUUUACACAGGGUGAUUUAGUGAAGGCAUUUCACUUUAUUAGAUUUUUCCAGUUGAGUUCGGAGGGCUUAUUUUUGACAAAUGAAAACAGAGACAAGCUUGGACAUGCGAUAAACUACGUGGGAGCGGAAAAUUGGGGCAAUGUAAUGUGUUAUCUCGAUGCAUUAUUCUUUUCCAUGUUCGCUAACCUUGAAAGCUUUGAACCUAUAUUAUUUAUAUCAAAUAAGCACCCCAAUCACUUGGUGUAUCAGUUGGCUGCAUUAUUAAGAUUGUAUGUCAAUUUGAUUCGAUCCGGAAACUUGAUAACAACGGAUAUCACUAUUAGAUUAUGUGAGAUAUUAGAACAACUAGGAUUCGAAGAGGCCAUGUCUCGUAGGCAACAAGAUUCAGCGGCUCUAUUUGAAUUUUUGACAGAGAUCCUUGCGAUGCCUUUGCUUACAUUUAAAAUCGAUAUUAAACAUGGAGGUAAAUUCAGCAAGGAAGACGAUCAGAAGUACUCGAAAGAAAGAAUUCUAUUUGUUAGCAUUCCCGAUGAUGAGGCGAACCAUGACGAUAACAUAUUGCUCGAAGAGUGCCUAGAACACUAUUUCAAUAACUCUAUUAGUGUCAAAAGAGAAUUGGAAAGAAGAGCUACUUUGGAAAGCUUACGAAAAGAAGACUCGCAAAACCCACUGUUGGGCACAGUUGAGGUAAGAGUAUCAAAUGGUGAUCAAACUGUAGAAUCGGAUGUGAGAGGCUCAGAGAAGCUAAAGAGAAGUGAUUCCAAGAAUCAAGUGAAAGUAACUUCAAGGGCAAGAUCAUCUACACUUUCCUUAUGGUCGUUGAAUGAUGCGGACGUAACCCCUUCUAAUCCAAGAGAGGUGAAUUUACCCGCAUGGAUGUUUUUGCGUCUUUUACCAUUCUAUACAGAUGAUAAUGCCUCGUCAGGUACGAACAGUUCUAGCGCUGUAAGGAAUUCGAAGGAAUUUGUGAAUAGAAGGCCGGUUUUACCUAUCUGCCUCAAGAGAUAUUCUUUCGAUUCUUCAAACUCUCUGGCAACCCGUUCUUCUAAGAGGAUAAUUAUUCCUCCUAUAAUAAAUCUUCCUCAGUUUGUUGCGGAUGAUGAUAACGAUGAAACCUCUGGAGAUUACAAAUUAAUUUUAGAAAGCGCAGUCUGUCAUAGAGGUACUUCUAUUUCAUCGGGACAUUACAUUUCUGUUGUCAGGAAAGACACCAACAACGUCAAUGAAUCAGAGGAGGAAGCAACGAAUGCAAUAUGGUACUUGUAUGAUGACGUUAAUAAAAAAUCGAGAAUUACUGAGAAGAGUUUCAAGCAAAUUUUUCAAACAGAAUGGCCCUAUAUGCUAUUUUAUCGAUUGAUUUCCAACGAGGAGAGUAACUCUAGUAGUAACACCUCCGCAAAUGUUAGUGCAAAUUCGAGUAUUAGAAGAGGAGUUACAGUUCAAAAAUCAGUUUUACCCCCUCAAGGCUCGAAAGUCCAUUAUUGGUCAGAGACAGAACCUUUAACGCCUAUAAUAUCAAGUACAAAUUCACCUAGUUUAAGAUCUGUGGAGGGUAUUACUGAAAGCAUCAACAGUAGUACCUCAAGUAUCUUGAGUCUCGAUAUUUCGCCAAAUGAUUCAAAAUUCAUAGAUAUUAGAGAUAAAUACUUUUGGUAUUUGACAGACGACGAUAUGAAUUAUUAUAAAGAGUUGCCUACUAAUUCGACCUUUAUUGGCAGAGAGCCUAGUAUUUCUAUUAGUCAAAAACUUCGUCGAAAUAGUCAAUGGAGUGCCGCCACAAAUCAUUCUAAGCAUCACUUGCAACCUAAUGAAAGCAGAACGAGUUUAAGUGGCGAUGAAUUAUACGCUUUGGGCGACAAAGUAACAGUAUUAGAUUUAGACAAACUUUCAAAGAGUGCUUCUAACAAAUCCAAAGUGCCUGAACAGAUAGAAGACGUUGCAGUAGGAAAAAUUCCUUCCACGUCUCCGAAACCCAGUGACAAGCAUUCGGAUCCCAUAAUUAAUCACAUUUCAACUGAAGACUCUAAGACUGUGAAAAGUAAACGUCAUAAGAGAUUUCAUAAACGCCGUGAAGAAUAUAAAAAUGAAAAGUGUAUAAUAGCUUAA